AUGGAUUUUGCGUCCGUCUUGGAAAUGACUGCCCUGGACUGGGUUCUCCUGGCUCUGCUGAUCGUCUUGUUCUGGAGAUGGUUGAGAAGAAGAGGGGAACCAGAGGUCACACAGCCGAAGCUUCCCGAAGUAAAGCCUCUACCGAAGCAAGACAUGACGCUGAGUGAACUUCGCAAAUAUGAUGGAGUUCAGGACGAGCACAUCCUUUUUGCCUUGAAUGGAACAAUCUAUGACGUCUCACGUGGUCGGAAUUUUUAUGGUCCUGGUGGUCCAUAUGGUGCUCUAGCUGGAAGAGAUGCUACUAGAGCUUUAUCGACGAUGGAUGUGAAGGAUGUGAGAGAUGAGUGGGACGAUCAUGAAGAUUUGACUGCGGAUCAGAAGGAUACCGCCAACGAGUGGGAGACGUCGUUCAAGUUUAAAUAUCCGACAGUUGGAAUUAUCAAGGUGUGUGACAGUUCGCCCCCCCCCUCCGUUGGUAUUUACGGUGGACGCGAUAUCGUCAACGCCAGAACUGAGAACAGAGUUACUAUUGUAGCACUCGCCGACUACGCCUUAACAUUUUGA